AUGCUAGUGAUGUACACGUGAGAUUCUGCUAAAGUUCGAGUGUUGUUUACCCAGUUUUCGGACAGUUUGCGGUUGCUACGUGAUGUGAAGCCUGCUAACGCAAAUAAACCCCGAAAGCCUAUACUACGCACGGAACGACCACGACACUAGAAGCAAUGGGAAUCCACAGACUUGCAGAAUACAUGAAGUCUUUGUUUAUGGUGCUGAUGGCGAUAAUGACUUUCCUGGGCAUCAUUUGGAUGAAGAAAGACAUACAAUCAAAAAGAGUGUUCCCUGUUCCUGCCUCACAUCACAACAGCACUAAAUCUGAUGACCUGCACAUCCCUCUCACCCCUCUCAUCCCUCUCACGACCAAGCCUGUGGCUGAUAUUGGUAUGGCCCCACAUGAGGUGCACAAGAUCCAAGAUUUGCUCCACUGGCCUGGUCCACACAAACAAAUAAAAAAUUUCCUCCAAAGCACCGCUCCAUCCAACACAUAUUUCCACAUUCCUGGGCUGAGGAAGACCUACCAGUUGGGGGAGGAACUACAUGUCACUGUGGUGGCCAGGGAUUUCCACAAAAAGCCCAAGCGAUAUGGAGGUGACUACUUCCAGGCCAAACUUUUCUCAUCCAAACUGAAGGCUAGUGUGUUUGGGGAGGUGACAGAUCUGGAGAAUGGGUCCUACUCAGUGCGCUUUCUCCUGCCCUGGUCUGGGGAGGCUUGGGUAGCUGUACGCCUGAUCCACUCUAGCGAGGCUGUGCAGGUCCUGAAACAACUCCGGAAGUAUCAGUCGGACCGCGUCUACUUCAAGGGCCUGUUCGUGGGAACAGGUCUCAAUGGGGCAAAGCUUAAAGAGACAAUGGAGUGCAAUUCAAAGUGGGAUGGGGCUGGUCUGGAACGUAUGCAGAAGAGUAACUGCUGUGAGUAUCCAGACCCAAAAACAGGAGAGGUGUGGCUGUGCAAGAGGCCCAAAUAUCUGCCCUGUGAUGCCCUGGUCUAUCAUGUGGUUGGGGGCUACAGGGCGAAGCUUGGGACUCUGCAAAAAAAGCUUGUGGACAAGAAAUAUACCAAUCAAUGGAUCAAAAGGAACAACAACAAAAUUAUAAUUAAUCCCUCCAAUACAACUGUUGGUGCAACAGAGAGAUGCAGACCUGGGCUGCAAAUCCCAGUCCCAGCUGGGUUCUACAUGAGGGACGUGUGGACCUCUCUGGUCUGCACCACCGGCCAUUUUAAUGCUCCUAAAAUUACCCAGUGCCUCAAGGACAGAGAGCUCUUCAUGAUGGGAGACUCCACCAUGAGGCAGUGGUACCAUUAUCUGGGAAGUUCUGUGCCCAGCAUGAAAUACAUCAACCUUCACUCCGCUGAACAGGCAGGUCCUCUCUUGGCGGUGGAUGUGGAAAAUAACAUAGUCUUGCAUUGGAGGGCUCAUGGCACACCACUGCGCUCUAAAGCGGCCCCAUUUGCUGACUUGCACUACAUCAGCAAUGAGAUUGACAGUAUAGCAGGCGGGUCCCGCAAGGUCAUCAUCUUCAACAUUUGGGCGCACUUCACAACUCACCCGCUUGAGUAUUACAUCCGUCGAGUGGCAAGGAUUCGGCAAGCUGUUAUUGCACUGCUGAAGCGGGCACCAGACACGAUUGUCGCCAUCAAGUCUGCCAACACCACAAAACUCAAGAAUGUGUACAGCUCUGACUGGUUUUCAAUACAGUUGGACAUAAUAUUGAGAACCGCCUUCCAGGGGAUUAAUGUAGCAUUCAUAGACGUCUGGCAAAUGACAUCCUGCCACUACAGUAAAGAAAGUAUCCAUCCCAACCCAACUGUCAUUGGGAAUGAGAUCAACCUAUUGUUGUCAUUCAUCUGUUCUGUCUGAACAUUUCUCUUUGACCCCACUUGUUAUGUCUCACAGUGUAGUAUACUAUUCAACACAAAAAGAAGAGAUGAUUGGCAAAAGCCGAAAAAGACAUGAAAAUAUCACUGUCACAUUCAAGAGAGACUAUUUGAUUGAAUCCUCAGCAGCCUGCCCAGUGGUACAUAUUGUUUGAAGUAGACCACCAUAGUUACAGUACUCAUAGCAGGUAUUAAUGCAUUAAUGCAGUCAAAAAUGAAAUAGUUGAAGUUACGGUAAUUGUCCAGAAGCAUGGCUGAUUUUUCAAAACUUUCAGCUAGCGUUUGGCUUGUGCCAUUGCAAGUGUAUUUUUUUAAGUUUAACCCUACUAGCUAGGUCAACUAAGCGCAAAAAGAGAAGGGCUGAAAGAGAUGCAUGCGCUUUACUUUCUAUAACUUGCUACCCAAGACCAUGUAAAUAUUAUGAUACUAACGACAACACAUGCUAGAUGCCGAAAGCUGAGAUCGGCUUAGAAACACAUUCAGAUAUUUCCACAGGGUCAGUCUAUGUGUGUAUGUGUGUGAGGCAGCAAUUAUUUCCACAGGGACAGUCACAGUUGCUAUAGAUUCUCAAAUCAGCACCUUUUAAUACGACAAAGUUAUCCUUAAAAUAUCUGCUUGUUUGGAAUGCAAGAUAAAGUGAUCACUGAUAUAAAGAUGUCUGUAAUCAGUAAAUAUAGUGUGUUACAUACACCAAUCAGCCGCAACAUUAAACCCACCUGCUUAAACCAGUUUUUCCAUAAUUAAAAAUGCUUUAAACUGUAUGAACUUGUCUAUAAACACUUAGUAUUUAAUUAUAUGAUAUGUGUACUUAUAUAAGCAGAUAAUCAUAAGUGAAUUGCAUUCAAAAGUUACAUUUUUAAAUGAAAAUGGAAAUCUUGUAAACUCAUUGGGCCGGGGGGUGCAUUG